AUGUUCCUGUGCUUUCAGACCAUCAUCAAAGAAGGUAUGCUGACCAAACAGAACAACUCAUUCCAGCGAUCAAAGAGGAGAUACUUCAAGCUCCGAGGGCGAACUCUAUACUACGCCAAAACUGCAAAGUCAAUCAUAUUUGAUGAGGUGGACCUGACAGAUGCCAGUGUGGCUGAAUCCAGCACCAAAAACGUCAACAACAGCUUCACGGUCAUCACGCCCUGUAGGAAGCUCAUCUUAUGUGCCGAUAGCAGGAAAGAAAUGGAAGAUUGGAUUGCAGCACUCAAGACUGUCCAGAACAGGGAGCAUUUUGAGCCUACCCAGUACAGCAUGGACCAUUUCUCAGGGAUGCACAACUGGUACGCCUGUUCUCACGCACGGCCAACCUACUGCAACGUGUGUCGUGAAGCUCUGUCUGGGGUCACGUCGCAUGGGCUGUCCUGUGAAGUGUGCAAAUUUAAGGCCCACAAGCGGUGUGCUGUGCGUGCAACCAAUAACUGCAAGUGGACCACGCUGGCCUCCAUCGGGAAGGACAUCAUCGAGGACGAGGACGGGAUCUCCAUGCCCCACCAGUGGCUGGAAGGAAACCUGCCCGUGAGCGCCAAGUGCACGGUGUGUGACAAGACCUGUGGCAGUGUGCUGCGCCUGCAGGACUGGCGCUGCCUCUGGUGCAAGGCCAUGGUUCACACGGCGUGCAAAGAGUCCUUGCUGACCAAGUGCCCGCUUGGCCUGUGCAAAGUGUCGGUCAUCCCGCCCACAGCGCUCAACAGCAUCGACUCUGAUGGGUUCUGGAAGGCCACCUGUCCCCCAUCUUGCACAAGUCCACUGUUGGUCUUUGUCAAUUCCAAAAGUGGGGACAACCAAGGAGUGAAGUUUCUCAGAAGAUUCAAGCAGCUGCUGAACCCUGCACAGGUCUUUGACCUCAUGAAUGGAGGCCCACACCUCGGCUUACGGUUAUUCCAGAAAUUUGACACUUUCCGGAUUCUGGUUUGUGGUGGGGAUGGCAGUGUCGGCUGGGUCCUCUCGGAAAUCGAUAGCCUCAACCUUCACAAACAGUGUCAGCUGGGCGUGCUGCCCCUGGGGACGGGGAAUGACCUGGCCCGUGUGCUGGGCUGGGGCUCGGCCUGCGAUGAUGACACCCAGCUCCCCCAGAUCCUGGCAAAGCUGGAGAGGGCCAGCACGAAGAUGCUGGACAGGUGGAGUGUCAUGGCAUACGAGACCAAACCCCCUCGGCAGGCCUCCUCCUCCACCGUCACCGAGGACUUCAGUGAGGAUUCUGAGGUGCAGCAGAUUCUCUUCUAUGAAGAUUCCGUGGCCGCCCAUCUUUCUAAAAUCCUCACUUCGGACCAGCACUCGGUGGUGAUCUCAUCAGCCAAGGUGCUCUGUGAGACCGUGAAGGACUUCGUGGCCCGGGUGGGCAAGGCCUAUGAGAAGACGACCGAGAGCUCCAGGGAGUCAGAGGUCAUGGCCAAGAAGUGCUCUGUCCUGAAAGAGAAGCUGGACUCUCUGCUCAAGACCUUGGAUGACGAGUCCCAGGCCUCUUCUUCCCUGUCCAACCCGCCUCCCACCAUUGCCGAGGAAGCGGAAGAUGGGGACGGGCCUGGUGGCAUCUGCGGCCCCGCUGGGGACCACCCUGUGGGCUCCAUGUGCCCCUCCCGGCCGCAGAUCUUCAGGCCUCGGGAGCAGCUCAUGCUGAGAGCAAACAGCCUGAAGAAAGCAAUUCGGCAGAUCAUCGAACACACCGAGAAAGCUGUGGACGAGCAGAACGCCCAGACCCAGGAGCAGCAGGGCUUUGUCCUGGGCUUGUCCGAGUCAGAUGAGAAGAAGGACUUGAAGAAGGACGAGAGGGUGUGCCUGCCGCCUGCCCACAGUGAGAGCUGUGCAGUAGCCAAGGGCAGGAGCCACCGCAAAGUGUCCAGAUCCCCGUGCGAGAAGCUGAUGAGCAAAGGCAGUCUGUCCCUCGGCAGCUCUGCCUCUCUCCCUCCCCACACAGGAAGCCGGGACAGCUUUCCCGCGCUCAACACCAAGAUCCUCUACCCAAGCGUGCGGGCCGGGAUGUCAGACUCCUUACCCGGGAGCUCAGUCAUCAGCCGCUUGCUGAUCAACGCUGACCCCUUCAGUGCUGAACCCGAGAACCUAGAGUGCUACACGGAGAAGUGCGUCAUGAACAACUACUUCGGCAUCGGCCUGGACGCCAAGAUAUCCCUGGACUUCAACAACAAGCGCGAUGAGCACCCAGAGAAAUGCAGGAGUCGGACCAAGAACAUGAUGUGGUAUGGAGUCCUGGGCACCAAAGAGCUGCUCCACAGGACCUACAAGAACCUGGAGCAGAAGGUCCUGCUGGAGUGCGAUGGGCGGCCGAUCCCCCUCCCCAGUCUUCAGGGAAUUGCUGUCCUCAACAUUCCCAGCUAUGCUGGUGGGACCAACUUCUGGGGGGGCACCAAGGAGGAUGAUACUUUCACGGCUCCGUCAUUCGAUGAUAAGAUUCUGGAGGUGGUCGCUGUGUUUGGCAGCAUGCAGAUGGCUGUGUCUCGUGUUAUUAAGCUGCAGCAUCACCGAAUUGCCCAGUGUCGCACCGUGAAGAUCUCCAUCCUGGGGGACGAGGGCGUGCCUGUGCAGGUGGAUGGAGAGGCCUGGGUCCAGCCGCCAGGCUACAUCCGAAUCAUCCACAAGAACCGGGCACAGACGCUGACCAGAGACAGGGCCUUUGAGAACACCCUGAAGUCCUGGGAGGACAAGCAGAAGUGUGAGCUGCCCCGCCCGCCAUCUUUCUCGCUGCAUCCCGAGAUCCUGUCUGAGGAGGAGGCCACACAGAUGGACCAGUUCGGGCAGGCGGCCGGGGUCCUCAUCCACAGAACCAAGAGUCUUGACAGCUACAAGGGAGGCCUUGAUGAAUUGGGAUCGAAUUCUCAGUCUCACUCUCCCCUACAGAACGUGAUGCUGGAUCUUUCUAAACGCAGCCGCAGUGGCAAAUUCCGCCUGGUGACGAAGUUUAAAAAGGAGAAAAACAAUAAGAACAAAGAAGUGCACAGCAGUCUGGGAGCCCCGGUUCACCUCUGGGGCACAGAGGAGGUGGCUGCCUGGCUGGAGCACCUCAGUCUCUGUGAGUAUAAGGACAUCUUCACGCGGCACGACAUCCGGGGCUCCGAGCUCCUGCAUCUGGAGCGGAGAGACCUCAAGGACCUUGGGGUGACCAAAGUGGGCCACAUGAAGAGGAUCCUCUGUGGCAUCAAGGAGCUGAGCCGGGGCUCUCCUGCCACCGAGGCCUAGCCUGCGCCCUGUCUGCCUGCCUCCGCCGCGCCCCCAUGACUGAGGCCAGGGAGGCCCAGCCUCCGAGGCCGUCUCAUGGUGCUAUUCCCUCUGGGAGUGCCCGGAAGCUCUGACACACGUGACGCACGUUGGUAACAGCUCUGGGCUUUGAACAGACCAACACAGCUACCUUUGAACCGAUCCCUUUCCCAGCCGGGGCCCGGGGAGAGCCGUCCCGUGCCCUCGGCCU